AUGCGUUUUGCUUCCUUGUGGACAAUUGCGCUUGCACUCGUGACAGUUUCGGCGGUAUUGCUUGAAGAUGCGUUUUCAAAGGAAGCUAUCCAGCACAUCUACGGCACAUUGAAGCUGUAUUCAGUGAUAAAAGCCAACAAAGCCAUUGGUUUCAACGAUCGGAGCCAAUUCAUUUCCAUACAGUUGGAUAAUCCCAACUACCUUGAAUGGUCUGUGGAAUUGAGCUCUUUUCCGGCUUUGAAUGAUUUCCAUUUGGCACAGAACCACAAUUUGGCAUAUCUUUCCAGUAGUGAACAGGCCAGCUUGUAUCUCUUUGAAACGGCAAGCGGUGUCUAUGUACGUGAGAUUAAGUUGGUAUCUCCUCCCGUUAAAGUGGUAGACUUCUUGAACAGAGGCUUGUUAGUUUUGACAUCUAAUGGUGUAUUACAAUAUGUCAAACAUGAAUCUGGUGAAGUCAAGACAGUAUACGAUUUCGAUCAACCCACCACUAUUCUCUUUGAUCUGAGAGACGGUUUUGGAAGCGUUAUUGCAGGAAAACUUCUAUUGAAGAUCAAUGCCUUAGCUGAAGUUGUUUCUGUUUCAGAAAGCUUGCCAAUCAUAAAUGCCAAAUUAUUUAAGGAUGGCGUAGUAGUCACAGGAAAUGAUGCCGUGUACAAAUUCGAUGAGAAUGGUACCGAUGUUGUAGAAAUUACAACAGGCAAAGUCUUAAAUCUUGACAUCAUCAACAAUAACUAUUUGUACACAUUCACAAACGAUUCAGUCAUUUUAUAUUCCAUCAGUGCGAAGAACAAUCUAGAAGUUUCUGAGACUUUGACCACUUCUCUGGAAAUAGUAAACGUUUCAUACGAGAAUUUUGGUCUCAAUGACUUCAUAAUUGUGACUACUAAAAACGGUCGCAAAUCCGUUUACGACUUAACUGACUUUUUGGUUCUUGACGAACCCUCUAGCAUUAAAAUUGUCGAUACAAAAGUCGAGCAAUUGUACACUGAUGACUUUAUCACUGUGUUCAAUGGUAACUACCAGUUGGUUUCCAUAGGUCCAGAUGUCAACGGGAAGAUUUUUGACUUGAGCAACGGCCAUUUGGUUAAAAAUGUGGUUUCUGUGAACCAAUUCGUAUCUGUCAAUAGUAAGUACUUGAUUAUCGACAAGCCCGAGUCACAACAGACACUCAAUGAGUUCCACCAUCUUCUUGAAGAUGCUAACACUGGCUUCAUUGUUACCAAUUGGCUACUCAGAGUCAAGAGACACUUGAGUGAAUUGGGCAAGUAUGUAGUUUCAUUUUUCGCAAAGGUUGAAGAUACAGAAACUAUUAAUGCUGUCGAGGGAGACGAAUUCGGUUUUGGAAAAUUGAUUAUCUUCUUUGAAGAUUCUGCAAAGGCUAUCAUAGCUCUAAAUUCAGUUGAUGGAACUUUGGUAUGGAAGAGCACGGCAGUUUUUGAUGGAUCAUUUGUUGAACUCAUUACCUAUCAAGACAAUCUUGUAGCAUUGUUUUCUCUGGGAUUGUACUUCAUCAAUAGUCGAGAUGGUUCUGUAUUGUCUUUUGAACAGCUCGGCGAAGAGUAUUCUGGAUUAUUCAAAUCUUCGUCUAAUGAAGAAGACUCUUCCAAGAUUAUCUUGAAGAAGGAAAACCAAUUCAGUAUCUUCAAUGGUACUGAUGAAAACGAUUUGUUCUUUGUUGAUAACGAUGAUACCACAGUUUCUGGGUUCAAGAUUUCUGCAGGAGACUCCAGUUCCUUUGGUACCUGGAAGUUUUCCAAAUCAAACGAAAAGAUUAUAUCGCUUGCUUCGAAACCAUUCUCGACCACUACCUCUUCCUUGGGUAUCUCAUUGGCCAAUAAAGAUGUGUUGUACAAAUACUUGAAUCCCAACGUUAUCUCUGUUUUGACAAAAGAUAAUGAAAAUGAACAAUUGAAGUUCUACUUGUUGGACGCUGUUACCGGCAAUUUGUUGCAUUCGUUUGAACACAAGAGAGAAGAGGUUGUGGAUUUCAGUUCCAUCAAUUUAAUUAUGGAUGACAACUGGAUUAUCUACUCUUAUUUUGUCAUUGCACCAUCAUUAGAGCAAAGAUUCAAUGUUAUCGACUUAUUUGACACAGAGAAAAGCUUGAAGAAAGAUAAUGCCAACUCUGUAUCUGAAUUUAGUCACAAUUCUACUAUUGACAGCUAUUCUAUCAAGUCCUUCAUAUUCCCGGAAAGAAUAUACGGCAUGUCAUCUACUCAAUCUCUAUACGGAAUCACUUUGAAAUCGAUUAUAGUAGCAACAGAAAAUGGUGCUUUGAUUGAGAUUCCAAAACAUCUACUCAAUAGUAGAAGAAUUGACGACAGAGAAUUGACACAGGCUGACUUCCAAAGUGACUUCAAAAUGAUUCCUUAUGAACCAGUUAUUGCUAGAAAUGCGUUCCAGAUUCUCAAUCACAAACACCAAUUGAAAGUGACCAAAGAUGGCAACAUUUUGACUAGACCUACACAUUUCGAAUCUACUUCGGUGGUCUGUUAUUAUAAUGAUUUCAAUCAAUUCUGUACAACCGUUCAACCAUCUUCUUCUUUUGAUUUGUUGAGCAGAGGUUUCGACAGCGUGAAAUUGUUGAUAACAAUUGCCAUCUUGUUUGCCGUAUAUCUCGGCUCGAAGCCGUUUGUUUACAACAAAAAAUUAAAUGCUCAAUGGAUUGACCGUGCAUAA